CAUUAGCCAAUCAAAUGGCUUGUAUGCUGAUACGUUGUUAUGGAGUUAAAGUCAAACUGAAAACAUAGAAGACUGAUCAGACUUGGAUUAUGUUUGUUUAUAAAUGAUUGAACAUAUAUGAUAUUGAACAUAUAUGAUAUAUUUUAAAACUUGUAUGAAAUAGCCAGCGAAUUUUCAAAAAAGAUGUGUCUUCUGAAUUGGCCAAGACUGGCUCUUUGCUCUUAACGUAACGUUGCUUUUAGUCUAGCUAGCUAAAUUAGUUUAGUAGCUAGAUAUCUAACGUUAGCCAGCCCUCUGUUCAGUAGCGAAUGGCCUCGACCGAACGGUUGAGUGCAUUGCGAGAGCGCAACAAAGACUUGUUGAUGCAAUUGAGGCACCAAACCGAAAGUUUGUUGACUAUCACCGGCACCAAAGGAAGCUCGGAGAAUGAUUCAAAUCGGACAGUACAAAACACAACGAAAAAGCCAGGUCAGAAUAAAGAAAAAAGUCCCCAUACAGAGAACAUGGUGACCCUGAUAGAUGGUGACUUAGGCACUGCUAGGUCUGCUCUCAGCAAACCUACUGUACAGUUCAAGGAGAGAGACGACACGGAAACACAGGCAACAGCACCACUGAGAACUGAAGGUGAGGCAGUGGAAUCUGUGAAUGUCACCCUCUGUCAGACCUCUACACCAUAUUUCGUCACAGGAACCAAGCUUAAACCAGGCCAAGCUACAGAACACUCUACUGUUUACACAGGAUUUCUUCAAGGCAAAGGCCGUCCUGCAACUCUUGUCAGAUCACUGGAUAUUAGGAGGCCCUAUACCAGGCCUAUUUACUAUAAUCAGGAGAAUGAACAGAGGGAGGUGGGUAAAUUCACAUUCCAAUCCUCUGGACUGGAGCAAACAUCAGCCUCCGACAGACAACGUAUGCAGCCUUUACUGGGCUAUGACUGGAUAGCAGGGAUUGUGGAUGCAGAAAACUCCUUGACGGAGCACUCGGAGCAGUUCUUCAGUGAUCUGCGCACUUUCCGACAGGUCAACAGAGAUGAGUGUGUCCACAGCCAACAAGCAGGAUUAUCUGAAGAGGACCUUUCACCCCCACCAUUGUCAAUAGAGAAGGAAGACCAACAGCACACCAUGGACACUCACCAGUGUACGUUCUGUUACAGGAUCAACAGCCGACUGUUCCCAACCCCGUUGGAUUCUCAGGAGUCAUGCCCUGUGUGUAAGAAGCCCAAAUACAAAAUCCCCCACACUGCGGCUGAGCCAGCCUUUAUCAGGGUCAGCAUCCCGCGCUCCACACUGUUGCCAGCAUACAAGUACAAAGCCCAUCGGAGGUGUAGCUUCGACCCCUCCGACAGCCUGGGUCUACCAUCGCACUGUCUGUCAGGCUGGUCUAACACAGUCCCCAGCACUGGGCCCCAGCUCAGCAGCCUGGAUCUGAGGAGCUCUGUGGACACGAAGGCGGCAAGCUGUGGCAUCCCCUCUGCACAGCCACAGUCUAAGAAGUUUCUGGAUUUCUCAGUGUCCAGAGUGUCUGGCAGUCAGCGUUCUGACCAGCUGCUUGACGUGUCUCGUUUGGCCCGCUACCGUUUCCAGCGCCUGCCUGCCAACAGCAAACCACACAGCCCGUCCUACCCUGUGUUCUGACAACCUAACAGCACUAUAAAACCUGUGUAGUAUUAUGAUUUCAUCUUUUUACAUGAAUUAAAUCUUUAAUAAUGAUGACGAAUUAAACCUCAGCAGUUUUAACGUAGGAUUAUCAUUGUGCCUAUUGAAUCAUUAAUGUAUCGUAAUUUUCUAUCAUACAGUUAUAAUGUGUUAAGUACUUGAUUUUCAUUUUGAUGAGGUACAGAUUGUAUUAAAGGUGCAAUAUGCAGAACUCGC